GGUUUCCUUUCGCUUCCUCCUGAGCGAGACUGCGCGAGAGAGCCGUGGCGGGAGGACAUGACCUCGGCGUUGCUAGUGGCCAGCCGCAGGGCUCGGCAAGCCCAGGGCUUACCGCGGUGCCUGCUCCAUGCAAUCGGCAUUCAUGCAGGGACGCGAGCUGAGUUCGCUAGCGUCGCGCUUCAAGAGGCCGGGACCACACCGAGCACCAGCGGGCAGGAGCAGCCCUCCAGCGCCCAGCUCACCCCCGCCCACCUGCGCUCCUACUACCCGCUCAACCUGGCGCUCCUGCCCGAGGCCGCCCGCGGCUCCGCCGGCGCCUUCUACACGCCUCGCGACCCGGGGCACGAGCGGAGAGGCGGCUGCAAGGCUCUGCAGCAAGAGAUGGAGGCCACGGGCCGCGCCUCCAUCCUCUACCGGCCCAUUAUGGCCGCCCUGAACGGGGCUGUAGCAGCGGGGCAGCAGCCGCGGCUGCUGCUGACCGGGCCGGCCGGCUGCGGCAAGUCCCUAGCGCUGCUGGGACUGGUGGAGUGGGCGCGGCAGCAGGGCUGGCUGGUGGUGUACGUGCCCAGCUGCCUGGCGCUGGUGCGCGGCGGCUACUUCGCGCGGCGGGGGCGCGGCGCGGCGGGCGGCUGGGACACGCUGACGUCAGCGCAGCAGCUGCUCAAGGGCGUGAUGGACGCACACGGCCCGCUGCUGCAGAGCCUGCCCGUGCUGCCGGUGCCGGGCCGCGCCGCGCGGCGGCAGCAGCAGCAGCAGCAUGAGCCGCGGCAGGCGGACAAGCCGGCGAAGGUGGAGGAGGGGCAAGGGCAGGGGCAGGGGCAGGCGGGCGGCUCUGGGCUCCUGGAGGAGGGCAGUGGCAGUGCCAGCGGGGCAGGCGGCGGCGGCGGCCGGACGCUGCAGGACGUGGCGCUGCGGGGUCUGAGCAGUGACGACAACGCCCAGCUGGCGGUGGACUCGGCGCUGCAGCUCAUACGCCAGCUGCAGCUGCUGGGCUCGGGCGCCGCCCAACCGCCGGAUUCUCAACCGGGCCAACCGCCACGUGUGCUGUUCGCACUCGACGACUACAACUACCUGUACGGCCCAACCGACUACGGCGUACAGCCGCCGUCCGCCAGCCCGCUGCAGGGCCGGCGGCGGGUACUGGACGCGGGGGAGCUGAUCCUGGCGAGGGGGCUGCGGCUGCUGGAGUCGGAGCUCGGCACAAACCCAGUGGCGGCGGCGGCGGCUGGCGGCGGCGCGGGGGGUGUUGGGGGUGCAGUGGUUGUGGCGGCGACCACUGCCACGCCGGCGCUGCCCGCGCCGCGGUCACUUGCGUUGGAGGUGCCGCACACGGUGGUGGAGGUGCCUGGGUUUGACGAGGCGGAGACGGCUGCGGCGCUGGCGCACUACGCCGCUACUGGCGCCGCCACCCGGGCCGCCAGCGCGGCUGAGGCCCGGCACCUGUUUGCGCUGACGGGCGGCAACGGCCGGGAGCUGCGAGCCAAGGCCGGGGCACUGGGGGUGCGUGUGGGCUAGGUAGGUAGAGGAAGCAGCAGCAGGACGGGGCAGCAGGGAGGUCAGGGCGGUUGGUUGCGUGGGCAUGCAGAGGUUGGGAGGUGCGGAGGCGGCUGGGCGUUGAGGCGCAGGAGCACGUGAUUGGUGCGCAGGCGGCCCGGGCGCCAUUGCGCCACUAGUGCUGCGUGGUUUUGGGUGCGCGCUCGUGAAAUUUGUGGAACGUCUGUAGAUGAGUAGGCAAGCGCAGCAGGCGUCUGCGUUUGGCGGCAGCCGGACUGUGAUGCAGGCGUUGUUCGCCCCCAUUGUAACGCUUUCGAAGUGCUGUUGACAAGGAACAAGCAGGCACGUACGAUGCUCGGGUGCUGGCGCUCGGCAGUCGGCACUCGCAGGCCCUUAGUAAGCCCUCAGUCGGGGCCAAGGUCGGGGCCAGGGCCGCUCUAUCAGCGGGUGUAGCAGGAACGCCGGUAAAAGGACUUGAUAACUAGCCAGGAACUGCUUGCGGGGUUGUCGUGGAGUUGUGUAGGUUUUGCCCAUCAUAGCGGGAAUGGGGAAGACCUGAUCGCUGGCCACUGCGCCGAUGCAAAGAACCCCCUUCAUAAACA